UUCAAUUCCUUGGCCUUUUCUGAAAAUGGAUAUAGAAAGUUGCUCUAAAUUGUCCGAAUUCGACCUGGUAGAGGUUGAUUCCCUAGAAGCGCUGGUCAUCAUCGACAAUGACCUAGACCCGCUAUCAACAAUCGCCCCGGACACCGUCCAAGUAUCGGGUCACUUAGGCCAUCUUGCUACGAGCUCUCCUCAUAAAGUGAAUGACCGAGGAGAUGCAUGUAAAGAGCUACAGAUGGAGGAUAUUUGCUGUUCUGCUCACGGUUUGUCGAUUCUCGUGACGGCUACUAAAGGGGAUGUCAAGCAUUCUAUUCUAUUUGAUGCUGGCCCUGAAGAAGAUGCAUGGGAGAGAAAUGUUAAGCGCCUAUUGCCGGAUCUGUCUUCUAUAGAGGUGGUGCAAUUAUCGCAUUGGCAUCGGGAUCAUUCAGGUGGUCUUCUACGGGCAAUUCACAUGAUUAAUGAUGCAAAGAAGGCUAAGGAUAUAUCUACUAAACUUGUGUUGGACCUUCAUCCGGAUCGCCCUGACUACCGUGGACUAGCAAUUGGGCACAAGAUCAUAUCGCUUCAAGCCGAUCCCAGCUUUGAAGAAAUUGAAUCGGCCGGAGGAGCUAUUGAUAAAAAUGGCGAAGCGCAUACAGUGCUUGAUAACUUCUUUCUGAUAUCAGGAGAGAUUCCUCGACGAACAACAUACGAGCAUGGACUCAAGCAUGCAAUGCGGUUUGACCGGGAAGAGAACGACUGGUUCUCGGAUGAGGUUAUUGCUGAUGAGCGGUUCCUUAUGUGCAAUCUCAGAGACAAAGGAAUCGUCGUCUUCACUGGUUGCAGCCAUGCGGGAGUAGUCAACACAACAAAACAUGCACUUGGUCUCUUGGAUAAUUCCGUCCCCCUUCAUGCUGUCAUUGGGGGCUUUCAUCUUGCCACAAGUGAGCAAGACCAAAUGGAAAGUACAGUCAAAGAUCUGAAGAAACUCGACCCGGCUGUUCUCUUACCAGGCCAUUGUUCAGGCUGGCGGGCCAAGUUUGCUAUUGAGAAGCAAAUGCCCGGGAUACUUGUACCUUGUUCUGUAGGAAUUAAUAUAACGUUUUAGGCAAGGUACUGAAUAAUCGAC